UCACCAACAUCGCACGAGCACGAGCACAAGCACGAGCUGAAGCUUCACUGCCAGUGAUCAGGAAGUGAAAGAAUACGCAUGGAGGGUGUGUCUUUCGCUUCCUGGCUAUGCUUUAUUUCCAAUAACACGGUCCUCCUUGGAUAAUCGAAUGGGCGACUCGGCGAGGUCCAAGCGGCGGGAGCAGCUAAAGCGCUGGGCCGGUUCCUGUACCGACAAAGCGUCGGCCUUGCCCCGGCGGAGAUGGCGAGGCGAUGUCGUGGAAAGAGGAACCGAGGAGUCAGAGGCCGAGCUGCAGGAGCCUCCAAGUGAGCAGCUCAUUUCGAGAAACGAUGAAAGCAGCCCGCUCCUCAAGAGAAGAAAACGGGUGAGGUUUGACCGAGCUGCAGAGUUCCUGGCUGCGUGUGCCAGCGGAGACACAGAUGAGGCCCGAGUGAUGCUACAAGAGGCCAAGGACACAAUGAGCAGCAACAAGGAGGAUGGACCAGAAAUUGUUAACUGCUCCAAUGCUGAUGGAAUAACUGCGUUACAUCAGGCCUGCAUCGAUGGUAGCAUGGAGAUGGUGUCAUUUCUUCUGGAGCAUGGUGCCAAUGUGAACCAGGUUGACAGUGAGGGCUGGACACCCCUACACGUCGCUGCCUCCUGCGGCUACCCUGAUAUAGCAGAUUUCCUUUUGCGGCAUGGAGCUUCUCUCUCUGCUGUCAAUUGUGAUGGUGACGUUCCUGUGGACAUCGCCCUGGAUGAAACCACUGAGGCCCUUCUCCAGGAAUACACUCUGAGACAAGGUUUGGACUUAGAGGCCGUAAAGCGGGUAGAGGAAGAGCAGAUUACAACAGAUGCUCGGACCUGGCUGACUGAGGGACCACCUGCUGACAUACGACAUCCAAGAACUGGAGCCACUCCUCUCCACGUGGCUGCGGCCAAAGGCUACGUGGAAGCGCUCAAGCUACUUUGUCAAUGUGGGCUGGAUGUGUCAGCCAUGGACUUUGAUGGGUGGACGCCUCUACACGCUGCUGCACACUGGGGUCAGGGGGAGGCCUGUCACAUUUUAGCUGAGCAGAUGUGCAAUAUGGAAGCCCGCAGCAGCUCAGGUCAGACGCCUCUGGAUGUAGCAGAUGAAAGUGUGGAAGAGCUCCUGGAGGAAUUAGCUCUGAAACAAGCCAAUUGGCGCAACGAGCAGUCCAUACGAGAACGGCAAAACCAACAAGGUGCUACCAAUGUAAAUGCGCAAAGUAAAAAACGAAGGAGCUCAGUGUGCAGAAUGAGCAGUAAAGAAAAGUUGAACCUUCAAGACCAAUCGAAAGAAAGGGGUGUCUCAGGAGGCCUGGAGCUAAGCGAGGACAAGGAGAGCAGUCCAGAGAGCUCCACCGUGUCCAGUCCAGACACUGAGAGUGGGACCACGUCUGCAGCCAGUCCAGUUGACAAGACAUCAGACGAGAGAGGCGGCGAGGAUAAUAGGGAACAGGACAAGGCAGUUCGCACUGCGAGGGUCCAGCCCACCCCACAAACGAGGGAAAGCACGUCUGAGAGUCCCAACACACCUACUACUGAGCGGCGCAAGUUUCAGGCUCCAGUCAGAGAUGAGGAGUCUGAGUCUCAGAGGAAAGCUCGCUCUCGACUUUUGCGCCAGUCCCGCCGCUCCACUCAGGGUGUGACCUUAACAGACCUAAAGGAAGCUGAGAAGACCAUGUCGAAGGCUGCUGAUCCCCUGCUUCGUAACGUUCAGCCCGUCAGCCCCAUCAUCACGCUCACUCUAGCUGAGAGGGAUACAGACCCAGUGAAGCAGGAGGAGCCUGAGGGCGACAGGCGCCUGGGAGCGAAGGACAGGAGGCGAGCGAGAAAAGAGAGGCGCUCCACCGGCGUCAUUCAGCCGGGUGGAGAGAAUGAUGAUGAGGAUGCUCAUUUUGAUGAAAACGACCCCUCCGUUGCGAGUGGAUUAGAGGACGCUGACUACAGGAUGCUCUACUUCCAGGUACUGCAGCAGAACCUGGCACUAAAGGACAAGUUGCAAGAGACGGAACUGCUGCUCAGCCAAAAUAAAGUGGAGCUAGAAAGACUCAGACAGAGUCAAGAUGGCAGCACAGAUAGACCUGCCCUGUUGGAGCUGGAGAGAUUUGAGAAGUUGGCCCUCCAGAGGAGAGCAGUAGAACUGGAAGACGAGUUGAAGGUUCUGGGAGACCUGAAAGCAGACAACCAGAGGCUCAAGGAUGAGAACGCUGCUCUCAUUCGCGUUAUCAGCAAACUGUCCAGAUGAGUUCCACCCCCCCAAGCCCC